CACGCCUAGUUCACUCGUGUUUGCUAACUUGUACACUUCGACAGUCACGGCCAGGCUGCCUUUCAUCGAGCAGCUGUUUAGCCGUAAGCUAGCAUGGCUAGUAAUCUGUCUUCUUAGCUGAUUCUCUGCUUUGGUCUGCGAACUGUGUCGUGUUUCCAAGCGAUAAAGACUGCUAUAAGACCAGGUUCCGGAUUUAUGAUGUUCAAAGAAUUCAGCACAUCACCUGACCCCCGUCGGCACGUCAACCCACUUACAUAAAUUAUUAAACCCAAACUUAAUCCCUCAUCCCCGCAUCCCCGCUUGGAGUCACUAUGAUCAUUUGUGCUGACACAAACCUGCUCUGUGGGACGAGAACCCCCCAUAACCCAGCUCAUCAAAUGAUAUGAUAGUAGCUGCCUGGAUCAGUUACUGUGCCUGCAGGAGCCUUGCACAGGUUCUGCUCUUCCUUUCCUCCGCAAACACCUUUCCGACCCUGUGGGACACCCUCGCCGGCCGUGGAGCCAUGGGUAAUAGCUGCGUGUGCCGGGAUGAUAGCGACUUGGAGGACCAUCAUCACAGGGCGUCCAGGGCCUCCAGGGGGUCACGAGGACAACCCAGGCGGGCGGAUCACGGUACAGGUGCGGGCGUAGACGCGGGAGAUUCUCGUAGCGGUCGCCCGAGGGACCCCGUCAGACCCCCGCGUAGGGGGCGUGGUCCCCACGAGCCCCGGCGGAAGAAGCAGAACGUGGAUGGCCUGGUGCUGGACACUCUGGCUGUCAUCAGGACCCUUGUAGACAAUGACCAAGAGCCUCCUUAUUCCAUGAUCACUUUACACGAGAUGGCGGAGACGGACGACGGCUGGCUCGAGGUUGUCCAGUCCCUGAUUCGAGUGAUACCAUUGGACGACCCGCUCGGUCCUGCGGUCAUCACACUUCUAUUGGACGAGUGUCCCCUGCCCACUAAGGAUGCUCUUCAGAAGCUCUCAGACAUGCUGAGUCUGAGUGCGGCCGUGGCCCGACAGGACGCGCUGAGCCCCGCCAAGCACAGAAACACCACAGCUGUCCUGGGAUGUCUGGCUGAGAAGCUGGCUGGCCCGGCCAGUAUUGGACUGUUGAGCCCUGGAACUCUGGAGUAUCUUCUGGAAAGCCUGAGCUCUGAGGCGCACCCCACGGUCAUGUUGUUUGCUCUCAUCGCUUUGGAGAAGUUCUCUCAGACCAGUGAGAACAAACUGACAGUAUCCGAGUCCUGCAUAAGCAACAGACUUGCCGUGUUGGAGUCUUGGUCAGAGCAUCCAGACUACCUGAAGAGGCAGGUUGGAUUCUGCUCACAGUGGAGCUUGGACAACCUUUUUCUGAAGGAAGGGCGUCAGUUCACCUACGAGAAGGUCAACCUCACCCAUAUCAACGCCAUGCUCAACAGCAACGACGUCAGCGAGUACCUCAAGAUCUCCCCGAGCGGAUUAGAGGCACGUUGUGACGCCUCCUCCUUUGAGAGCGUGCGUUGUACGUUCUGCGUGGAUUCUGGCGUUUGGUACUAUGAAGUGACGGUCAUUACAUCUGGUGUGAUGCAAAUCGGAUGGGCCACCAAGGACAGCAAGUUCCUCAACCAUGAGGGCUACGGGAUCGGCGACGAUGAGUACUCGUGUGCAUACGAUGGCUGCAGGCAGCUCAUCUGGUACAACGCUCGCAGUAAACCUCACACUCACCCCUGCUGGAAGGAGGGAGAUGCAAUCGGCUUCCUGUUGGACCUCAGCAAAAAGCAAAUGGUCUUUUAUCUGAACGGACAUCAGCUGCCGCCAGAAAAACAGGUGUUCUCGUCAGCCACGUCCGGUUUCUUUGCGGCGGCCAGUUUUAUGUCGUACCAGCAGUGUGAGUUCAACUUUGGCGCCAAGCCUUUCCGCCACCCGCCCUCUGUCAAGUUCAGCACCUUUAACGACUUUGCCUCGCUGCUCCCCAGUGAAAAGAUCAUCCUACCCAGGCAUCGGCGUCUGGCUUUAUUGAAACAAGUUAGCAUCCGGGAUAACUGCUGCACGCUCUGCUGUGACGUCAUGGCUGACACAGAGUUGCGACCCUGCGGACACGGGGGUAUGUGCAUGGAGUGUGCCUUACAGUUAGAAACGUGCCCCCUGUGCCGCCAGGACAUCCAGACCCGCGUCAGACUCAUUGCACACGUCUCCUGACACGCUCCGCGCUCCUCUCCCGUAAGGCGAGAUGCAGAAGCCCUGCAGCCCCCACCCCCUCUAAGAACCUCUGGCCCAGCCGGCUUGAAGGAUGGUGCCGCGGGCGAAGGCACCGCGGCGGCGUGUUCUGGUCAGAGGAGGCCUUGAUUGGAGGAGUGAUGAGAGGUAGGAGAGGAGACGAGCGAAGGGGGAGGGGGUGAGCUUUUCACUCAUUUAGCCACGCCUCCUCUUUUCCAUUCUUCGGAGAGCGGAAUCCAGAUAAGACGCUCUGAAGGCGGGAGCAGAAACAAUGUAAGCCGGUCUCGAAUCCGCAACACCCGGUUAGCGAAACCUCUUUUCAGAAACUGUACUUAAUAUUUCGAGGCCACUAUAUAAUCACACAAUACACACGCCUUGGGAUGUGCAUGUAGUAACGAAUACGGGGGGUGGGCGACACGAACAUGUAAAAAUGGUGGCACUUUUAUGAUGACCUCUGCAGAAAAAAUGCAUAUUUUCAGAGGAUUUUUUUUUUUUUUUGCCAAAAUUUGCGGAUUGGUGAAUUCAUUCAUUUGUUUUCAAUGACGCUUAAUCCUCACUUGGGGGGGGGCAUGCUACAUGCACCCCACCCCUGCUGACUUUGGCCGAGUCAGGGUACACCCAGGUGAGAAAUUAUAAGGUGUUAAACAAUAAUCGAACUUAUUUGUGAACAAAAUAAUAAAGUUUUUGCCUUUUUUUUUGUUAUUGUUUGAGCGUUGUCCCCCCCCCCAAUGCCUUGCUAGUUACUGCGAUGGAUCUGCCCACCCCCCCAUUGACUAAAAAAAGGCUCAAAAAAGGUUGAAAAACACUGCUCUAGACCAGUGUUUUUCUACCUUUUUUGAGCCACGGCAUGUUAUUUACAUUGGAAAAAAUUUUACUGGGCAUGCCCAGUAAACAUCAACAUCACGUGAUACCGACUUCCGACGAGUUUUUCUUUCACUUGUCGGAAUAACUCCAGUAUUGCCAGUUUUUCGUCUGUCCAGUCUUGAAAUUUUUUGGGCAUGCCCAGUAAAACGUAAGCAUCAACAUCACGUGAUACCGACUUCCGACGAGUUUUUCUUUCACUUGUCGGAAUAACUCCAGUAUUGCCAGUUUUUCGUCUGUCCAGUCUUGAAAUUUUUUUAGGGCAUGCCCAGUAAAAUUUUUCCAAAGCAAAAAACGUGCCGUGGCUCAAAAAAGGUUUAAAAAACACUGCUCUAGACCAGUGUUUUCAAAAAAGGUUGAAAAACACUUUCAACCUUUUUACAUUGGAAAAAAAUUUACUGGGCAUGCCCAGUAAAAUGUAAACAUCAACAUCACGUGAUACCGACUUCCGACGAGUUUUUCUUUCACUUGUCGGAAUAACUCCAGUAUUGCCAGUUUUUUGUCUGUCCAGUCUUGACAUUUUUUUAGGGCAUGCCCAGUAAAAAAUUUUCCAAAGCAAAAAACGUGCCGUGGCUCAAAAAAGGUUGAAAAACACUGCUCUAGACCAGUGUUUUCAAAAAAGGUUGAAAAACACUUUCAACCUUUUUACAUUGGAAAAAUUUGACUGGGCAUGCCCUAAAAAAAUUUCGUCACGUGUUACCGACUUCCGACGAGUUUUUCUUUCACUUGUCGGAAUAACUCCAGUAUUGCCAGUUUUUCGUCUGUCCAGUCUUGAAAAUUUUUUUAGGGCAUGCCUAGUAAAAUUUUUCCAAAGCAAAAAACGUGCCGUGGCUCAAAAAAGGUUUAAAAAACACUGCUCUAGACCAGUGUUUUCAAAAAAGGUUGAAAAACACUUUCAACCUUUUUACAUUGGAAAAUUUUACUGGGCAUGCCCAGUAAAACGUAAACAUCAACAUCACGUGAUACCGACUUCCGACGAGUUUUUCUUUCACUUGUCGGAAUAACUCCAGUAUUGCCAGUUUUUCGUCUGUCCAGUCUUGAAAUUUUUUUAGGGCAUGCCCAGUAAAAUUUUCCCAAAGCAAAAAAAACGUGCCGUGGGCUCAAAAAAGGUUGAAAAACACUGCUCUAGACCAGUGUUUUCAAAAAAGGUUGAAAAACACUUUCAACCUUUUUACAUUGGAAAAAUUUGACUGGGCAUGCCCUAAAAAAAUUUCGUCACGUGAUACCGACUUCCGACGAGUUUUUCUUUCACUUGUCGGAAUAUUUCCAGUAUUGCCAGUUUUUCGUCUUUCCAGUCUUGAAAUUUUUUUAGGGCAUGCCCAGUAAAAUUUUUCCAAAGCAAAAAACGUGCCGUGGGCUCAAAAAAGGUUGAAAAACACUGCUCUAGACCAGUGUUUUCAAAAAAGGUUGAAAAACACUUUCAACCUUUUUACAUUGGAAAAAUUUUACUGGGCAUGCCCUAAAAAAUUUUUUGUCACGUGAUACCGACUUCCGACGAGUUUUUCUUUCACUUGUCGGAAUAACUUCAGUAUUGCAAGUUUUUCGUCUGUCCGGUCUUGAAAUUUAGUUUGAAUCAAAAACAAACAGUCCAGUGCCGAUUUUUGGCCUCCAUUUUUAAAAAUCCUGUUGCCCAGGACGCAGCCUCGUUACUAUAUGUAGAUCCCAAAGGUAGCAUUUUCUUGGCUCUGUGUCGUUACCAUCGCCAUCUCUUGGUUCCACGACUGCGUAAAAAAGUUUAAAAACCAAAAAAAAAAAAAAAAGCAGGGUUUUACUUGUUUUAUUUUACAAAGGUUAAAAAUGUUAAAUAUCCAAUCUUACCAUGAAAGAGCCUGUAAUGGUAAUAAGGUACUGUAAUAAUUUUCCACCAUUUGUGUGUCAUGCUUUUAUCCAUAAGCUCAGAUUUAGACUGUCAGUGGUAUAAUAAUAGGAGUCUAUUUGUGCGGGUAGUGUUGAUAAUAAGUACAGUUGAAGCACCCGACUUCAGACUUCGAUUCCGUCUCCGUGUCCCAGUUUGUCGGUCUGCGACAACACACUCGAUUCUCUGUGAUUUAACACAAUGAAAGGCGGCGGCGGCGGCGGUGGUGGUGGGGGGGUUCCAAAGUGGUGGGGCCUCAUUUAACUCUCUCACUAGCAGCGCUAAGAAUGAUAAAUAGAUUUUGAUGUGAAUCGUGAACCCCCCUCCCCCCAUUCAGGUCUUUUUCAAGACGACAUUCUAGCCCAGGGGUGGGCAAACUUUUUGACUCGCGGGCCGCAUUGAUAUAACAAAAUUUCCGGGGGGGGGGGGGAGGCAGACUAUAUAUUUUACACGUAACAGUCCACCUGGUAUUAUUGUAUCUGUAAAAUUGUCAUGCAAUCUGCUAUUAUUAUUUAUUAUUUUAUAUUUAUAUUUAAAUAUUUAAAAAAUAAUAAAAUAUUAUAAUAAUUAAAAUAAAAUAAAAUAAUAAUAAUUAAAAUAAAAUAAAAUAAUAAUUAUUUUAUGAUUAUGUAAAAUAUGCAAAUAUAACAAUAUUAUUAUAUAUAAUAAUAUAAUAAUUAGCAUUAAUAUAAUAAAUAUAAUAAUCAUAAUAGUUAUAAUAAUAUAAUAGUUAUUAUUUUAAUUUUUAUUAUUAUUAUGUGCUUGUGUCCCUUUUUUCAGGAGCACUUUGUAAACAACAGACCAUGUCAAACAACAAAAUUGAUACAACCAUCAAAAGGUUGGCUCAGGCCAUGAUGCCAGGUUGUAUGUUGAGUUUAAAUGAAAUACUUUGGAAAGAUUGGGCGGGCCGUAUUCAAACACUUGGCGGGCCGGAUGUGGCCCCCGGGCCGUAGUUUGCCCACCCCUGUUCUAGCAUGUGUGUUUGCAAUGCUAUUUAUUGUCAUGUCUUUGUUUUGCUGCAAACGACAGCACUCUUAAGUCCGCGUGUUUACACAACUUUAUUAGCACCAAACAAAAAAAAUCACACACACAAAAAAAAAAAAAUAACACCACUUGACACUGACGAGACGGGUAGGCAGAUUCCGGUAUCGAUCUGGCGCCCUUUAAAUAGAACCCAAACAUUGCAGAUAAUGAGGCAUUCUACUUGAAAAUUUCUUGAUUUUUGCAUUUCACGUGUGGAUGAUUAUAAUCACAAUAAAAACACAAGGCAAAGAAGAUUUUAGCCGAUUUAUUUGUUGACAAAUUAAUAUCCAAAUAUUGCCUAAAUAGUGCUAAAUAAGUCAAGAAGAUUUUGACUUUAAAGCUCUCCUGUAGCCACAAACAUAUUCAGAAUUUGUAAACAAUAUCAAUAAAUCUAACAAUAUGAGCAUUAUCAUCAGUCCGAUAUAUAUAUCCAUACUAUGAAUAUUUGCAUCAAUCUGCCCUCCCCGGUUAGUAUUAUUACAUUAUUCAUCCUUUAUCUCAGGGGUGGGCAAACUACGGCCCGGGGGCCACAUCCGGCCCG